AUGGAUCUCAGUAAAAUUAACUUAAGUAGUUAUAUGCCAGCCAUGCCUUAUAAAGUUCGUGAAUUAUUCGAUAAAGCAACCAAUAUUGUGAUGAACUACACGGAAACAGAAGCCAAAGUUGUUGAAGCGACUAAUGAUGAAUCGUGGGGUCCAUCUGGCAAAUUACUACAAGAACUUUCUCAGUUAUCCUAUUCCUAUGAGCAUUAUACUGAAUUAAUGGGAAUGCUGUGGAAACGUUGUUUUGGACAAGAUAAAAAAUUAUGGCGACGAACAUAUAAAUCUCUGCUCGUUUUAACCUACUUAAUCAGAAAUGGAAGUGAUAAAGUAGUGACGUCAGCACGAGAGCAUCUCUAUGAUCUGAAAAGUUUGGAAAGCUUUUCCUACCAUGAUGAACAAGGAAAAGAUCAAGGCAUUAAUGUACGUCAUAAAGUGAAAGAAAUAGUUGAAUUCAUUCAAGAUGAUGAUCGGCUUCGCGAUGAACGAAAGAAAGCGAAAGUCAAUCGUGAUAAAUACGUUGGUGUUGGAAGCGAUACAUCGUCUAGCCGUUAUGGUGAUCGCUGGAAUGACUACGAAGAGUCCAGUAGUGGAAGCAAUUCAACACGAAAGAAAGAUUUCGUUGAACUAGAUGGUCGAUGGCGAUCGACAAAUCCCUCGAUAUUUGAAGAAGGUUUUAAUAAAGCGGAAGAUUUAGCUAAUAAAAUGAAAGAAAUGGUUCUUGAUCAACGACGACCAUCACACGAUUAUUCACCGGACAUUAGUGAUGAUGAAAAUCGAUACUCGAAAAAGAGUAAUGAAUAUCACGAUUCUACAUGGAAUGAUACCAAACCAGAGUAUCGUAGUAAAACCAAGAAAUUUUCGUAUGAGGAUGAAAAUGAAGCAUUGUUUCUCAUUGAGAGUGAUUUUGAAGUUACAAAAACAUCAACAACAGCAAAUAAAACUCAAACAACCUCGUCAACUCGGUCCUCGACAAACACGACUAAAAAACCACAAAUAACUGCGCCGGUUGCAGCACCUCAAGUACCUGUUGUUGAUCUGCUAGGCGGCGAUGACGAUGACGGUUUUGCUCCAUAUGUUCAAGCGCCGACUAGCCAAUCAUCACGUGAUGAUGAUUUUGGCCAAUUUCAAGAAGCAACAGAUAUUCCAACCAAACAAGUGAUACCACCAACUGCAACAACAGAAGCUUCGUUUUGGACAACUAACACAAAUUCCACCCCAUCAGUUCCUCCAUCUUCGAUGAAAUUCGAUCCAUUUGAUUUAUUUCAACAAACAACAACUUCAACAGAUCUUUUACAACCAAUGUCUACAACAACAACAACAACAAAACCAGCAUUCCCAACUACUAACAACUCAUCGUCAAAUGAUUUAGAUUUUUUUAUGACGGCACCUCAAACAACUCAGCAAACCAAUACAUUUUUCGCCCCUCAACAACAAUCAUUUGUACGUCCACAAAUGUUCCCACCACAACAACCGAUGAUGUUUCCAUCUACACAACAACAAUUCAAUAGACCAAACAAUAAUUCAUUUAAUGCAGUCUUUCCAGCCUCAUCCCCUGCAGUAGAUCAACAACAAAAUCUUUCUGCUUCGGAGAAACAGAAUACUUGGACAUCGGCACACGGUAAAAUUGACAUAUCGUUGAAUAAUUUGAUUCCACAUACUCGUGGCGAUGCACAAAAAUCUUCAUUACCACUCAAUCAACUCACCAGUCCAACUAGUCCAACAAAUAGUGGAUUUCCAUCGCAAAUGAUGAUGAAUAAUAAUAAUAACAAUACUCAUUCCAUGUUUCCAAACUCAACACUUCCAACACACGGUGUAGAAAUCUUAAGUCGAGAAGCUUUAUUGACUUAUUUAUUCUUUAUUUAUAAUUAUUAA